AUGGAGGCCCUCCUGGCGCACUCGUUUGACUACUUGUCGUCCUACGACCAGACAAAGAUCCGCAAGGGGCUGCGGCAGGUCGAGGGGCUGCUGGCGCAGAUAUGUCUGUCGCGAGGAGGGGGAGCUCCAAAGCCCUCGGCGGCAGACCGGCGGCGCUCGACAGUGUCGGUCAACAACAGCAACAACAAUAAUCAUAAUCAUAAUAAUGCGAGUAAUACUGCGGCAACGCCUGCUCCACCGAAAUCCCUGAGCGAACUCUGCGACGAUCCGGCGUUUAGGGAGUUCUACAAGCUUCAAGAAGGAUUCCAAUGGAACGUCGCGCUGCGCCUCAUCUCCUGUCUUGAACACCUGCUGGGCCGCGGCAGCAACGGCGCCAACGACCUACUCAUCAUCGCGGCGCUGGACCUGAUCCAGGGCGUGCUGCUGCUGCACCCGCCGUCGCGCGCGCUGUUCGCGCGCGAGAUCUACAUGAACCUGCUGCUGGACCUGCUCGAGCCGGCCAACUGCCCGGCCAUCCAGUCGUCCACGCUGCUCACGCUGGUCACCGCGCUGCUCGACAGCCCCGCCAACACCCGCACCUUCGAGGACCUCGACGGCCUGCUCACCAUCACCUCGCUGUUCAAGCUCCGCUCCACCUCCCGCGAGGUCAAGCUGAAGCUCGUCGAGUUCCUGUACUUCUACCUGAUGCCCGAGACGCCGAUUUCGCCGUCAUCGAGCCCCGGCCGCCCGCAUAAGGUGGCCGCUGGCGGCGGCGGCGGAGGAGCGCGGGCGGCCAGCGGGGUGAGCGAUGCGGGCGUUGCUGGCGGUGGCCGCGACGUAUCGCGCGACACGAAGAAUACGGAAGAAAAGCAGGCACUGCUGGGCAAGUACCUGAGCAACGUCGAGGAUCUCGUGGAGGAUUUAAAGGAAACGGCACCGUUUGGUGGCACGGUGUACUGA